AUGACCAAGUCAACUAAUUUAGUACAAACAUUACCUGCUUCAUGUUACACGAGUGAAGAGUUUCUCAAACUCGCUAAAAGUGAAAUUUUUGACAAAGGUUGGCAUUUUGUUGUGCCUCUUAGCCGGUUUACCAAAUCAGAGAAAGAAAAAGCGGUGCAAUUUGAUUUUUUGAAGAAUCCUUUUUUCGGUUUGUGUGAUAUUGAAGAUAUUCAAAACUGUACGUCAAUCAACCUUUACUAUGGGCAUAAGGAUGAAAUUUUGGAAGAAGAGGAUGUCAGCGUUGCCUUAUCAAAAUUGGAGAAAGUCAACAGCAUAGUUAGUGAAAGUGGUUUGGUGUUUAUCACACAUGAAAAAUCUCCAUCUCAGACUUUUGAACAAUAUUAUGGUAAUCAGUUGACUCAGUUCAUUAACCCCAUAGACUUUAGGAAAAUGCCUUUGCGUCGUUCAUUGGUUUAUGAAACUGAUUACAAUUUUUUGACUUUUAUUGACGGGUAUCAAGAAUGCUUACAUUGCAAGUAUACCCAUCCUGGUUUGAGUAAGAUGUAUUCAAUAGAUUUUUAUAAGGUAGAGCCAUAUACCAACUUUUGCCGUCAUCUCGCUACUCCCUCUGGAACUCUGGCAGAGGACACAGCCGGCCUAUUCCUAUAUUUUUUUCCCGUUUCAUCUUUGAACUUAUAUGGUGGGGGGUUAGGCUGCUUUAGAGUAUGUCCAAUCAGUGCCGAUAAAUGCCGCAUGGAGUUCGACUAUUUUUUCGAAGGCUUGGAUGAUGAGUUUGAAGAGUACUAUCACUUUGUCAGACAGGUGGCUGAAGAAGAUCGUGAUUUGUGCGAAGCUGUACAAAUAAACCUCAAAACAGGGAAAUACCAUCAAGGCAUUCUUAACCCCAUAAAGGAGACUGGCGUGAUUUAUUAUCAAAAUCUUAUCCGCCAACGAACAGGAUUGAUUGAAAAUAGUGUUAUGUAA